ACCCCAUCUGUCCUCCAUACCCUCCCAAUAAAUGUUUUUUCCCUUCCACUAACACAUUUAAAUAUUCCUCCCCCAACUAUCUCCCCUUUCUCAACUCUCAAUCAUAUCACACACACAAACAUAUGCUACAAACUCCACUUCUUCAACACAAAAAUCCGAAAUUUGUGCUCCAACACAAAAAAAUGAAACCUACAAUCACCAUUCUCUUGUUGUCUCUACUACUUCUCAUAACUUCACCCUCCUUGGCAACCCGACCCGCAUCCAACCCUGAUCAAGUCAAGCACAACAAAAACAACAACCAAGGUGGUGGUGCUGGUGCUGGUGCUGGCGGGUUCUUUGGCCCUGGAGGAGGGUUCAGCAUACCCGGUUUUGGAAACGGGUUUGGAAAUGGCAUCAUAGGAGGAGGAUACGGAUCCGGGUAUGGAGGUCCGAAUGGAGGCUCCUCUAAAGGUGGUAUCAUUAGACCAACCGUUGUGUGCAAAGACAAAGGCCCUUGUUUCCAAAAGAAGGUUACUUGUCCAGCCAAGUGCUUCUCCUCUUUCAGCCGUUCCGGCAAGGGCUAUGGCGGCGGAGGCGGCGGUGGUGGCUGCACCAUUGAUUGCAAAAAGAAGUGCAUCGCUUAUUGCUAAGCCAUAAUAUGGUAGCACUUAUCAUCACUUGUACUAGUAUUAUUGCUAGUAUUACUAUUAUUAUUAUUAUGUAUGCAAUUAAACUUAUAUUAUAUGGUCAUCUUGGUUACCCUUUUAGAUAAAUAAAUGAAAAGUAGAUACAUCUCUAUGUAGGUGGGUUUCUUUUUGGUGUUUUGGGUGUUGCUUUUGACUAUUAUAUCUUGUUAAAUCUAUGGGUGGAAAAAAAUAUUAUGAGACACUACUUGGUGGGUGAGAGGAGUGUUAAGCAUGGGCUGUAAUUUUGGUUACUAAAUAAUAUAAAGAUGGUGUAUUAUUAAUU